AUGGAAAUACAAAAAGCCAACAUUAGAUUAGUUUUAUUUAUAAUAAUUGUUGCUUCAGUUAUUUGUAUAAAUCGUCCUGUAUAUAAAGUAUCAUUAACGCAGAAAGGAUUUGCUCAGUUUCUUCAAUAUGACUUGGAAGCUCCUCCUAUAAGAGAAUUCACAUUCUGCAUUUGGUUACGUGUUUUCGAUCUUUCUAACGAGCAAACUAUUUUUACGUAUAUAGCAAACGGCAACAAUCGUGUAGUAAGAUUAUGGCUGGACUCAGGAGGACAGCAUAUAAAAAUAUCAUUGAAUGGGAGAACUUCAAGUACUCUGGUGGACAUCACGAAAACCUCGUGGCGGCAUAUUUGCAUAUCCUUUCAAUCCGACUUUGGAGCAUGGGCACUCUACUUGGACGGUGUACCAAACGGUAUAGAAGGAGAAGUGUUUGGUGCAUAUAUGAUAUUGACUUCAACUAUACAACGAAAUUACUCAAUGAGAUACGACCCACAAUUUCAACAAAAAUAUUUUCAUAGAAAUAAACUUUUACCACAUAAUAACUUAAAAUAUGUCGUGCUUAAUAAUUUAUCUGAUGAUGUGCUAACAGAGAGCAGUAGAGCGACUAGAGCACCAUUUCAUAAUACUACACGAAGUUUCGUAAAAUUUAAGACGGCUUUCAGUGAAAUAGAACACGAUGUUGGCCUUGACGAUAUAUCCCAAAAAAGAACUAAGACAAUUGAUAGUUCAAACGAAAAGGAAAUUUUAGAUUUAACUUUUGUUAAUAAUAAACAGCCCAGACGUAACGAGGAUAAGAUAAAUUUUUGGAAUCUUGUAAAUGAAGCUGGUAAUAUUGGUAAAUUUAAAGGAAGAAAUGGAACUAGGGCUGAACUAUCAAGUUCUAGUACGCAUGAACUUCCUACUAUAUCUGAAUUUGAAAUACCUCCACCACCAACAUCAUUUCAAGAUUAUAUACGAACGAAUGUUAAGAUAAAGAAACCAAUUAUUACACCAUUAUUUGAACUGAAAGGAAAUAAAAAGACAAAAACAAACCCAGUAGAAACUAUACCAAAUUCAUAUCAAUAUAAAUUAUCCGAUGUAGAAGUACCACCACCUCCGGAAAAAAAUAAUAAAGUUUAUGGACAAUGGACUAGUUCUCAAUUUGCCAAUAGCGUUCUCCAUUAUCUUAAACGUUUUAAUUAUGAAAAUAAAGUUCACACAAAGAUUCCAUCAACAAUACCACUGUUAAAGAUAUCAGACACUUUUCCUUAUCCAUCUGAAUUCAAGGUAACAAAAGUUCAUGCACCUCUAAUAUUUCAAAGGAAAAGAUUCCGAGAUCAUAGUUCUAUAAAUAUUCAAAAACGUGACAUCAAAUAUCCACAAAUAAAUGUGGAAAUAUUACAAGAUAACUUAAGAAGCCAAAUUUUAGAAUCACAUGCUAAACUUCAAACCAAAGAUGUCGAAAUAAUUAGCAGGGGCCAAAUAAAAAACCCUAAUGAUCAAAGAAAUUAUAGAAAAAUAGAUAACCAAUUUUCGAGUAAUCAAGAGUAUAAUUCAGGGAUUCUAAAACCUCAACCCUUCUUAUCUAGUUCUAAAAUAAACUUUAAAAAUAAUUCACAACACUUGGACCGUUACCAAAGCAGCAAUUUAAUGACAAUACUUCCUUUUAUAAAAUCUUCUGAGUAUUUUGUAGAAGAAAAUGAUAGUAAGAAAAAUACUCAUAGUAAUGAUAUAUAUACCAACAGCUUAUCACAUGUAAAUAAAUGGAACAACGUAAAAUUCUUUAGUAAUAAUCAUACACCACGUCACUUUAACAUGGAGUCAGAAGAAUUAGACCCUAAUAUCAUACCGGUGAAUAAAAAAUCAUUCGAAAUAAAUAAAAAACAUUUUUCAAUAAACUUGAAAUAUGUGCCUGAAAAUCAUAAAAUUGUAAAAAAUGUAGAUGAAAAUGAAAUAUUAAACGCUCGUGCCCUGGCUACAGAAAUAUCUAAUACGUCUAACGCAAAUACUUUUUCUAACUCUAUAUUAAAAUACAAUCACGGAUUUCUUCCUACGCGUAACAAAAAUGUAGAAAUUGCCACUGAAGUGAGCCCUAGUAGAACAAGCAAUAUGAACGAUAAGCGACAAUUGACCAAAGACAAUUUUAAUAAAAAUGUUAAAAUAGGAAAUGCUUUAAACGAACGAUAUGUGAUAGGUAAUAGCAAGGACGAGAAAAAACAAAGUUUUGUAGGAGGAAAUGAGAAAAUCCCAGAUAUUAAUAGAUAUAGAUCUGAUUUAGAUCGUAAUAAUGAAAAAGUACCUCCUUCACUCGGACCAAAGAUUUGUAAAAAUGUCGAACAACUUGAUCGCUUGUUUUAUAUCCAGCCUGAUGGUAGUGUUGAUGUGACACAUGUAUGGUCACCAAUGAGAGAAAGAAAUAUGGGUAUUAAUUUUGUUUCACAAAAUUAUAAAAUAUGUUCUUUAGAAGACUCUAAUUUUCAACGUAGUCCUUUGUUAUUCAUUGAUUGGAGUAGGACUCCAGUAAGACUUUUCGGCGGCGCUUACCCAAAGAAGACGACGGACCUAUGUGGGUUCUUU